GUGUCUGCAUGUCAGCAUGAUCCUGAGCUAAAGAUAUUUGGAGGUUCUUUGCUGUGUGGUAGAUUUUUUGUAAGGUUUGAAAAAAACAAAAAAGAUAACUUUAUCAUUCUAUCCAGUUGUGAACUGAUUGGAAAACCAAAACAUCCAGAGUCAACAGCACAAAACCGCAGAUUUUUUGAUUUGAAGUCUGGUAACUUGCAGUCAGGUGAAUAUGACGAACCAAUCAGCUCUCUUGUGUCUGGCCUCACUGCUGCUCCUGCUGCUGUUGUAUGGCACAGAUGCAAAGAUGAUCAUUGUUAACACCAAGCAAGAUGUGCUCGUGGGAGAAGAGAUAUUACUAUUGUGCAAAGCUGGAGGAGAGGGGGAAAUAACGUGGCAGAAGGAUGGGGAAGACAUUGAUGAAGAAAAGGUGACAGUGUUGGAUGAGACCUCCUCUAAGCUGCUCAUUAAGAAGGCUACGAUACAGAAUGCCGGCACAUACACUUGUGUGUGCAAUUUCGAAACAGGACACCAGGACGAGGUCCAACGACAGCUGUAUGUUUAUGAGGGUCCAUCAUUUGGGGGCACCAAGACCUACCAUGAGUUUCUGGAGGGCACAGACGGGGUGGUGCCAUGCCUGGGGACUGGCCAGCCAGCAGUGGACAUUCAGUGGCUUCAGGGCAGUCGGCAAAUCCCUACUAGAGAAGGAGAACGUCUGCGUCAACUUCCUGAUAACACCCUCCACAUUGAAAAAGUGAGGAGAGAUGAUGCUGGGACGUACGUGUGUCAGGCGCAGAUCAGAGGACGGCCCGUUUUUCAGAAGCUCUCUGUCUCUGUUGUUGUGAAUGCUCCUCCUAAAGUGCUUCUGAAAGAGGAAGUGAAGAAAGUAAUGGCCGGAUCUGAAACCAACGUGUCCUUGCUUUGUUUGGUGGCCGGUCACCCGAAACCCAAUAUCACCUGGACCAUGCCAGUGACAUUAGACCCUUCUCGUCAUCAGUUCAACUCAGACCAAAGCCAGUUGACUAUAUUGGCUGUUGCCAGAGCUGACUAUGGGGAGUACAUCUGCACUGCAGUCAACAAGAUAGCAGAGGACAGUGCUACCAUCAUGCUUCAUGUUUUCGAGGCCCCAGAGGUGUUUGUGUCAGCAGAGCAGCAGAGCGUGUUAGUGGGUAAACGUGUGUCUGUGUCCUGUAACGUCUCUGGACAUCCUCAUCCUGACCUACACUGGCUCAACAAGCACAAUGGACAAACACUGGACAUGACUUCUGGUCGUAUCCAUGUGAUGGACGGUGUGUUGGUGAUAGAUGACAUGAUGCCCUCUGAUGGUGGGCUGUAUUCUUGCAUGGCUGUCAGCAGCUCUGGAAAUGCAUCUAGAGAUGUUGUAAUAUACACCCAGCCCGGUCCCCCUCACUACCUGUCAGUCUCGCCUGGCCCGACAUCAGUCCUCUUCUCCCUCAAGACCCCACCCAUCAGUGGAGGACAGCCAAUCACAAGUUAUACCUUGCAGUGGAGGCAAAGCUCAGCAGAGCAGUGGAACAAUGUCACAGUACCAGCUUCAGCUCCCCUAGCUAUCACCACCCUCAAGCCUUAUACAUUGUACGAAGUGCGUUUAGCUGCCUUGAAUGCAGCAGGACUAGGACAGUUCUCUAACCUAAACAGCGUUCGAACCCAGGGAAUACGGGAACCUGACAGUCCAGUUUUGACGCCCGAUGAGAUUAAAGUGAAGGGCAACACCUUCUCUACCCCAUUGACGCAGACUGACGAUGGCGGACUGCCUCUGCAGCACUUCAUCAUUCGGUACAAACAGGAUAAAGAAGGGGCUGAGUGGAAAGAGCUGCAGCUGCCGUCCAAUGCUGACACCAUUUCACUUAAGGACCUGUCUUUUGGCUCAGACUAUCGACUGCAGGUCACAGCAGUCAAUGCUAAUGGUUCCUCUAUCCCUGCAACAUUGAAAUUCACCAUCGCAGAAAAACCUUCGAGUAGCCUUACCAUGACCAAAGGCAGCGUGGUUGGCAUCGUCAUGGUGAUCUUCUUUGUGGUGUUCCUGGUGGUAGACGCAACCUGCUGCUACAGAAACCGCUGCGGCCUCCUCAUGUCCAUCGCUGUGAAACUCUUUGGACAGAAAGUUCCAGGCCUCAAAAUGCUAGAGGAGGAAUCGGGGAGCACUAACGGAGAUGUGAAGCUGAAAGGCUUAUCCACUCCGAGAGGCAGUAUGCAACAGGUGGGGGUUCAGGCAAACACCAAAGAGGGGGGGCAGCUUACAGAGGUCACCUGCGACAAAGCCCCCCUCACUAAACAUGAGAAAACACAUCCAGAUAGAAACCAGUCCGCUGCUGACGCUUGAGGCGAGCAAGUGGUGAAACAAGGGACAUGAGUGUGAAAUAUUUUACAGCCAUGAAACAAUCAACCAGAACACUAAGUCAUCUCUGCAUUGGAUGCAAAUGCCAUGGGAAAGGUCAAACGUCCUGAUCACACAAAGAGGAAAACCGGUCUUUUACAAAACUCUGAUUGUCCUGUCAACACCGCCUCCUGCAGGCUACGCUCCUCCACAGGCAGGAGACGUUACAAUUGGAAGUUUAUUUUAGUUUUUCUGUCUGCUCUGAUUAGUUCAAGCUAAACUUAGAGGACAAAAACAGAUUUUGAGAUCUGUCUUUUACAGGGUAAAUGCUUUAUAUUCUAAAAAAAACACAAAAAUGUUUACUUACUGCAUUUGUAAUGUUGUACACAGACACAAGGUCUUCUUUCAUUUUUACUCUUUCUUUAACCAUAAGUGUUUUGUGCAAAACCACUUUUUUAAAAUCUCAAAAUUAUUUUUGUUACUGAUCACAUUUCAGAUGUUUUUAUUGUUAUUAACAUACCAUUAUGUUAUCUAAUGUUUAAGAUGAUUUAAUAAUGUAUUCUCAUUUUGACCAGUAUUAUAAAACAUUUAAAGGGCCCUUCAGGUUGAACUAAAACUAACUAGCCUUAAUGUAAUUAUUAUGCACUGAUAUUUAUUAGUUUUAAGCCAUGCAUGAGAGAUAUUACAACGACAGGCUUCGGAUUUGAAGUUGUUUUUGUAGAUAUAGUUUUACUGUUGAGAAAUACUUUUUAUCAUGGUGAGCAACUAACACUGUAGACCUGUAAUCAAAACCACCUUUUAUUAUGGAAAAACAUUUUAAAGUACCUGUAAUAAUAGGCAAACAAAGUGGACUUAUAUUUCAUGUUUACAUCUAUAGUUAUACUAUUAGUUACAGUAAUCAAACAUGAAAAUAAAUGAAAAUAUUUCAAGUCAAAUAUUUUAUUCAGCUUCAGCUUUUUUUGCUUUUUAUCACCUGACCAUAUCAACAAAGAGUUUCUUAUUUGUAUUGUAUUGUCUUGAACACUGUACAUGGUUGUAUAUACAUCUUUUUGUUUGAUAAAACAUGCACUGUA